CCACUCAAAAUAUAUCCGUGGUCCAGACACUCUAUGCUACCAGUUGUUUUUACAGCCAUUCAGUAACAUACUGACUAAAAUAAAUCAUUUUUGUAGACUAUUUGUAGCAACUUCCUAACUGAAGAUCAUAUAUCCUAAAGCGCAGCAUCCAGAUUGAGACGCGUUGUUAAACAGAGGACAAAUAUUAUUAUUUUUAAAUCCGUUAAAAAGGAGCGAAGAUGGUGUCCGCUGGACUGGAGAUCCUUGGACUGGGACUGUGCGUCAUUGGUUCGCUCCUGGUGAUGGUCGUUUGCGGGCUGCCCAUGUGGAAGGUGACGGCGUUCAUCGAGGCCAACAUUGUGGUGGCUCAGACCAUCUGGGAUGGGCUCUGGAUGUCCUGUGUGGUGCAGAGCACGGGCCAGAUGCAGUGCAAGGUGCACGACUCGGUCCUUGCGCUCGGCCACGACCUGCAGGCGGCGCGAGCCCUGACCGUCAUCGCAUGUGUGUUUGGCGUGCUGGGGCUAAUGGUGGUGAUCGCCGGGGCGCAGUGCACCAACUGCAUCAAUGACGAGAACGUCAAAGCCCGGGUGGUGAACGCCGGAGGGGUUAUCUACAUAAUCAGUGGCUUGUUUGUUUUAGUCCCUCUCUGCUGGAUGGCCAACAACAUAAUCUCGGAUUUCUACAACCCACAGGUGCCCGCGUCCAAGAAGAGGGAGAUUGGGGCUGCGCUCUACAUCGGUUGGGCGGCCACUGCGCUCCUGCUGAUCGGGGGCGCGCUCCUCUGCUGCUCCUGUCCUUCUAACGGGAAUUCGGGCUACUCGGCGAAAUAUGCCCCGACCAAACGGGCCACACCGAACGGGACCGUGGACUAUGACAAAAGGAAUUACGUGUAGCCCUGCGUCUCACCCUCACGAUGGGGUGGCUAGGCUGUGCUUAAAUGUGGUUUUUUGAAAAACUUUUUUUUGCACCUGCAGUUUACUCUGAACUUUGAAAUAAAUGAAAGCAUCAUUCCCUUUUGUAACACUGACUUUAAACUAAACACAAUAUUGGAGAACAUAUUCAUUCAUCCUUUUUUUUGCAAACAGAAGAAAAUAAACGUUUGGAGACUAUGCGUAUAGCCUAAAGUGAUAGCCAAUGACAAAAAGGAGCGUCUUUGUUUUAGGUACAGUAUUGUUUUAAAUGUCCAAGGCUAUAUUUUCUAUAAUUGCUCAUAAACCUUUACAUUUAGAAAUGUUUACCGGAAUUUGUUUUUCUAAAGGAAGUUCUAAUGACAAUAUAUCUGCUGUCUUUUUACUUCAGUGUAGGCUACAGUGACUUCAGAGUGGUUUAACUCCAAACCACUUAAAAGGUUUUUGGACAAUGGAUUUUUGCUGCAUGAGACUGUGUGAAGAUAGACGAAAACAUGUUGGCCUAUUUUCAAACCAAUACACAACUCAGGCAUUCUUACAUUUGUCUAUAACAGCGAUAAAUCACAUAUAUUACACAAAUUAGGACCAUAGAUUUAGAUGUCAAAUAUAGGAUGUCCACAACACCUGUUCUGGAGUCUAAAUUAUUUUAGGAUAAAACAAAACAUUUAGCAAACUUGUGUUUUAUAUAUGUACAUAUUGUGCCGGAUGUGUUUCUUUUCAUGGAUUUUUAGGAAUAUACUGCUGUUUUACUGACUGGUUUUGAUGUAAAGAUCCAUUGUGUAUUUGAUGCAAUAUUCUUCUUUCCAUUGUUACGCUGACAUUAAACGGAUAUUGUUUAAAGUA